AUGGUAGCCAUUCGUGAAGCGGCAACGGAGUUGACGUACGAGCGGGAACACGUCCAUGAGGUCUACAAUGUCAUUGCCUCGCACUUUUCCGAGACACGGUACAAGCCAUGGCCUGUUGUGGACCGCUUCCUGAGAGAAAGACCAGAUGGUGCUAUAGGUAUCGACGUGGGGUGCGGAAAUGGCAAGUACCUCGGUGUCAACCCUAACAUCUAUGUCAUUGGCUCGGACAGGAGCGAUAAUCUCAUUAAGAUCGCUCAUGAGAGAGGCCACGAAGCGCUGGUAGCUGAUGGCCUCGCUAUCCCUCAUCCACAAGGACGAUUCGACUUUGCAAUCUCAAUCGCCGUUAUCCAUCAUUUCUCCACUGACGUUCGCCGGCAAGAGGCUAUCAAGACGGUGCUAGCUGCUUUGAAGCCAGACGGUCAGGCGCUUAUCUUUGUUUGGGCUCUGGAGCAAAAGAACUCGAGAAGAGGGUGGGAUGAAGGGGGUGAACAGGACGUUAUGGUACCGUGGGUACUCCAGGAGAAGAAGCCAAAGCAACCGAAAUCAAGACGCAACAAGGAUGAAGCUGCAGAGGGGACACCGGAAAAUCCAGCAGAAGGAAAAGAGAAGGAACCAGAGAAGGUCUAUCAGCGAUACUACCACCUCUUCAAGAAGGACGAACUGGAGGAGCGGGUCGUGGAGGCAGGUGGCAAAGUGAUGGAAUCAGGCUACGAACGAGAUAACUGGUACGCAAUUAUCUCCAGAUGA